CAUUUCAAUCUUAUCAAAAUGACACACAACACUUUAUGUCGUUGAAAAUAACUCAAAACACAAAGUACAUCUCUAGUUAUUUUAAUAGAAUUUUAAAUACAUAUUGAAAAUUAAUGUUUACAAAGACAAAUAAUGAUAAUUAAUUGGUAUCAGUGCUAUGCAACAUUUGCAGUUUCGUUAUGUAUUGUCACAAGUACAAUGCACCUCGCAUGGCCAUCACCAUCAAUUCCAAAACUCUUGGACGGUUCACACACGUUGAAAUUAACCUCUGACGAGGCAUCAUUCCUAACAAUAAUAUCACUAUGUGGUUCUAUUUUCGGAGGUUUAGUGGCUGGUCCCGCCAUGAAUCGAUUCGGUCGCUUGAAGUCAAUUUUAUUCUCAUGUGUACCUUACAUUAUUGCAUGGUUAGCCAUAGCAUUUGCCAAUCAUGUGGCUAUUUUGUUUUCCGCUAGAUUUAUGGUGGGAUUUGUUGAUUCUCUUGCGUUUACUGCAGUGCCAAUGUACGUUGGUGAAAUAGCAGAUCCUCACAUCAGAGGACUGCUUGGUUCCUACUGUGCUGUCUCGAUGAUCAUUGGUAUGUUAAUAUCAAACGCAGUGGGUCUGUACAAUAGUAUCUACACCACAGCUUUAAUCUCGAUUAGUGUGCCUGUUUUGCUGGGGUUAACUUGCUUUCAUCUACCAGAAAGUCCUUAUUUUUUGAUUAUGAGAGGACGAGAUGAUGAAGCUAUCAAAAGUUUAAAAAGGUUUAAAGAUCCAGAAGUGGUCCAGGAUGAAUAUAAGAGAUUGAAAGAGUCCAUCGAAGAAGAAAUCAGAAACAAAGCGCAUUUUAUGGAUCUGUUCAGGGUACCGUACAUUCGAAAAGCAUUAUUUAUAACCACAUCACUAAGGUGUAUCCAGCAAUUGGUUGGACUGACAUCUAUAACAUUUUAUACUGAAACUAUCUUCUCAGAAGUAGAAGGAGGAAUAUCAUCUGAACUAUGGGUGAUACUCUUUUACAUCGUGAAACUAUUUGUUACAACAUUCGCAUCUUUAAUCAUUGACAAAACAGGAAGGAAACCUUUGUUAUUUGUUUCGUUAGUUGGAGUAACUUUAAGUCUGUUUUGUGUUGGUAUCUAUAGUUUCCUUGAAGACGCUGAUGAUAUAGAUAUGUCUAAUUAUGAUUAUAUACCGAUAAUUGCAUUGUUUGUUUAUAUUAUCACGUAUAGUUUUGGGCUAGGUCCGAUAGCUGUGUUGAUGCUUGGAGAACUAAUGCCCACGAAUGUUAAAACUUACGCACUUUGUUUUGUUGAUAUUGUAUUUUGUACUUUUGGAAUGUUAUCAUCGUUGUAUUUCCAAAAAACCAACGAUAGUUAUGGGUUAGGAGUGCCGUUUGUUUCAUUUGGAUUUUGUGCGUUUUUAAGCGUCGGUUUUGUUGUUUUCUUUACACCGGAAACCAAAGGGAAAACUUUAGAGGAUAUUCAAGAGAGUUUCAGGGCUAAAUCUAAACGGAAACAAAUUUCUAAGAAAUAAUCUAAAAUAAUAUAAAUAUUUGUAGAUGUAUAUAAAAAUUAUUAGUAUUAAAUUUAUUAGAGUAAAUUUAAAAAUUAAAAUUAAUAUUAUUUUAUGUUAUAAUCAUGUUUUUGCGCAAAUAAUUGGGAUUAAUAAGAUUACCUGAUUAGAUAAGGAAUUAUAUCAUACAUUCCGUCACUUUAUGAAUACUAUAAAUUUAUUUGUAGGUAGUAGAA